AAAAAGUGGAAAAAACAGUCCCGAUGAAACCCAGUACGCUCAUCCGGUAUUUAGCCGUCUCCGGGAAAGUCCCGGCCGUGUUCGAAGAUUUCGAAACGGCGAGCCGGUUAGUGUUGUUCGUGGACGACCACAUGAAAGCGGUGCCGCCACACACAUCAAAGGAGAAGUGGGAAAGGAUCAUCACAGGAAAAUUCUACGAAGUGCUAUCGUCUUCCUGCGAUGCCCUCGCUCCUGCUUCCACGGUCAUGAUCGACGGAGUCCCGACCGCAACCACAUAUCAAGACCGGGUGUACAACUUCUUUUCCCUGCCGGAAUCGAAUGCGGCGGGAUUUAAAUACAAGUUGAACAACCUCUGCACCAUGACGCAUCAAACUGCGCACAUGUUCAACGACGACGAAAUCAGGAGCAUGCUCGGAUUGCCAGACACCCCGGACUCCACGGGCCGUGAUCGCUCCAGAUCCCCCCGCCGUACCGGUGGCGGAACCCACUCUACGAACCAGGAAGCGGGGGAGAAAGCGAUGAAAGUCUGCUGGCACUACCUGAAGUGCGCGCCCUGUUCCAACACGGAGAUCAAGGAUCGAAGCGGUUGCGUGUCAUGCGAGAAAGGGGGAUUGCGCCCUACGUCCAAAACCCAAUUGACCAAAACGCAGUUCAAGAAGAUCAAACGCACCGCGUUAGGUCGUUCGGCGUUGAAAGACAUUGGUUAUUUUAGUUGGAUGGACGGUAAUAUUUACAAGGGUAGCAAUCUGACUAAGUAUUUCCCGAACCGCGCUUCCUCCUCGACAUCCAAGUCCCAGAAGAAGGGAGGCGGCAAAAACCAGGGCGGUUCCAAAAAAUCAACUACCACCAGUAAACCGGAAAAGGAGGAAUCCGAGCACGACUCCGCUUCUGAGAAAGAGGAGGAGAAGCAAGAAGUCUAAAGAUUCAGUUAUUGUUUUAUUGUCACACCAAAAUGUGUCCUAUCUUUGGUUUUUUUUACCUCGCGCGAGUGUCUGUAAAAACGAAAAGUCAGCUCUACAUCAAAAAUGUCAGAUUACCCGUUGCUUCAUGCCUACAUCAGUAGUGCCAUGAUUCUACUUUGUGAUGCUCAGUUUCAUCGCUAUUUGCUUUUCGGCAUACGCCACCAUGUAGCGAUUUCAGUUACGCUGCGAGCGACAUCAGUUCUUCCCGCGCUCUAUUUGAGCUUCCGCGCUCGGACCAAGGGUCUUCAUGCUCUUCGAGCUUAGCACGAUGAGAGAGACAGAAAAAUUUGACCCUCAUCCAAAAGAAGAGCACGAGCAUUUGACUCACGACCCAUCUUGUAAAAAAAUAAACCGUUCUUGUAAACCAAUGAAUGUGGUGCUCCUGCUCUCAGUGUACGUAAAAUUGCUUGAUGUGCUGAGGAUAACAAACACUGCACGUGGUCAGACUCAGACACUUAUCUGUUUGGAUAACGAGACAGAGUAUGUUGGAGGUCGAUGUGUUCCUCGCAAAGGUGGAUCUCCGUACUUUGGGAUCAGAAGUAAGCUAACGAAUUAUACAAAAAGCCACUCACUACAUUUCUUUUUUGAUGUCUUUCGUUGUGGUUAAAUCGGUAGACCACGCGUCACCAGGAGGACUAAUUGCUUUUAUUCGACAGAACAACAUCGUACCGCAGUAGAUCAAGGGCGAUUAGAGCGCCUGCAGAAUUUUUUG